GAUGGGUUGGCUAAUGUAAUCAGGAGUAAAUACAGCACGCCCAGAGCCUCCUCUCUCAGUCUGCCCCAGACUCAGCACAGGCGCACACUCCUCACACAGGAAGGUGAGCGACUCUUGGUCAAAAUGACCGAGCGCUAUGACUGCCACUACUGCAAGGAGUCCCUGUUUGGGAAGAAGUACGUCCUUCGAGAGGAGAAUCCCUAUUGCGUGAAAUGUUACGAGAGCCUGUACUCCAACACCUGUGAGGAGUGCAAGAAGCCCAUUGGCUGUAACACCAGGGAUCUGUCCUACAAGGACCGCCACUGGCACGAGGACUGCUUCAAGUGCUUCCAGUGCAAGCGCACCCUGGUGGACAAGCCGUUCUCCACCAAAGAUGAUCAGCUUCUUUGCACCGAGUGCUACUCCAAUGAGUAUUCCUCCAAGUGCCACGAGUGCAAGAAAACCAUCAUGCCAGGCUCCAGGAAGAUGGAGCACAAGGGCAACAGCUGGCAUGAGACCUGCUUCACCUGCAAGAGAUGCCAGCAGCCAAUCGGCACCAAGAGCUUCAUCCCGAAGGACAACCAGAACUUCUGUGUGCCCUGCUACGAGAAGCAGUUUGCCAUGCAGUGCGUGCACUGCAAGAAACCCAUCACCACUGGUGGGGUGACCUACCGUGACCAACCCUGGCACAAGGACUGCUUCCUGUGCACCAGCUGCAAGCAGCAGCUGUCUGGCCAGAGGUUCACCUCCAGAGAUGACUUUGCCUACUGUCUGAACUGCUUCUGCAACCUUUAUGCCAAGAAGUGUGCCUCCUGCACCACCCCGAUUAGUGGUCUGGGAGGCAGCAAAUACAUCUCCUUCGAGGAGCGCCAGUGGCACAAUGACUGCUUCAACUGCAAGAAGUGCUCCGUGUCCCUGGUUGGCCGUGGCUUCCUGACUGAACGGGACGAUAUCCUGUGCCCAGAAUGCGGCAAGGAUAUCUAACCCAACCUGCGGGAUAGCGAUACAGCUAACGAAUGGCAAAGAUUCAAUAAGUACCAUUAGAGCACAAAGCACUGCAUCUUUAGUAUGACUAGGAUUGUACAUCUUUUUCAGCUCUGAACUGCAAACUAACAAUGGUGUUCCUUGAUUUCAUGAAGCUUGUUCAGAUAUACGUAAGCUCCUUCAGAGAGUAAAAUCCUUUACUAAUAAAGUAACUUUAGUCAGGAAUGUAAAGAGGUGCAUGCUAAAGAACCGUAAAGUAACAGCAUUAAUGGAAAACUGUCGGCUUUGAAGUGUAACUAGAUAAGUGUUUUGUGAGCCGCAAAACCUAAAGUAAAUAAAGUUUUGUAGUGGACUUCGUUGAGAAAUAAGUUGAAGAAUGUAGCAUCUGAACUCCUUCUUACAUUUCCUCUGGAGAGCAAAAGACAGAUGAACGUUCAGUCACAAAACACAGCAAUAAAUAAAAUGAAUGCAAUAAAAA